AUGGUCCAGGAGCAGCUCGACGACAGCACGGCCCCCUCGAGGCCCGACGUCCACAGUGACGAGCGCUCGGGUCGCUCGGACGGCCCCGACCCUGGCCCCGCCGCCGACCCCUCGCCUGCGGCCGACAAGCAGCUGGGCGCCAUCCUCAACGCGUCCGAGCCGCCAAACGCCCCGCCGCAAGCCCCGCGCGAGCCGGACGAGGCGCCCGAGCCGACGCGCCCUCGCCCCGACGAUGAGCAGCACCGCCUCGCUCGACCUGCCGCACCCGAGCCUGCACCUGCCGCGCCGAGCCCGGUGCAGUCCGUGCUCGUCGGCCAACCGCCGCUCUCGCUCGACAUCCCGCCGCCAGUUCACCCACCGCCGCAACCUCCUCGCCUGCCCGUCGCCAAGCUCCUGUUCACCACCUUGGCCCCCUCGGUCCACCUCUCGAUCCGCGACAUGUGCGACUUUGUGCGCGACUUCCCGAACGCCGAGCAUAUCAACAUCCAGUCGGGCCGAGCCGUGUCGACCAGCUACAACGCCCAGGAGCCCAACCUCCGAGCCCAGCUGUGGGUCGACUGGCACAUCUUCUCGACCCUCGCCCGCGCCCUCGGCGUCCCCGUCUUCCCGAUCCAGCCCGCCAAGGUCGCCCUCGUCCUCGCCACCUACGCCGAGAUGCCCCUGUCGCCCGUCCUGCGCCAGAUCGCCCACCUCACCUCGCCGCACGACACGUUCGCCAUCCCCAACGUCUUCGAGGCGCUCAACCUCGCCGCAAAGGCGACGCGCCACCUGUGGACCGACGUCGCGUGCUUUGUCCGCUCGGCCGACAACUACGAGGCGACCGCCGUCCUGCACGCCCACGUCAACGAGGUCGCGCGUACCAGCUUCUAUGCCCGCACCGGCCAGGCCUACUACGGCCGCCCGCCGCUCGCCUACCCGUAUCAGCGCAUGCAUCACCCGCCGCUGCCGCCGCGCCAGUCGCAGGACCCGGUCAGCACGCGCCCGCUCUUAACGCACGUCCCGCCGGCCGCACCGGCGCCGUCGCUCGUCACGCCGCCGCCCGAUCAGUUCAUCCAACCUGCACACGGCGAGGCCAAGCAGGCCGACUCGUCGCUUCGGUCGCUGUGCGAAGACUUGCCCGGCCUGUUGAACGACAUGCAGAAGGAGACGGACGACCUCGCCACGUUCGAGCUCGCGCAGGAGCGCUUCCAGGCGACGGUCAACACGGUCGACUUUGCGUCGCGCGUCGCCCGCCUGCACCACACGGCCGUCAUCUACACGCACGUGACGGCGCUCCUGCGGUUCCCGACCUACCCGAUCACGUCGCGCAAGCUCGCCGUCUUUGCGCUCGCCAUGACGCCCGGCCCGCUCGGCGUCAAGCUCGACGAGGCCGUCCCGUACCUCGACGAGAGCCGACAGUGCCCGAGGGCGCCAAAGGGCAAGACGCUCGAGGACAUCUUGACCGACCUGACGCUCGUUCGGCGCAUCACGUUCGGCAACCACGUCUCGGGCGAGGAGAACAGCCAGUGGGCCCGGUGGUGGAAGGAGGUGACGGACGACUGGAAGGGCAAGGGCAAGAACAAGAGCAAGCUCCGAGACGAGCAACCCGUCGUGCCCGCCGCCAAGCGCAUCAAGCGUUCCGUCUCGCCAGACUCGGACGUCUCGACCGCAUCCACCUCGCGCGCAAGCACCGCCGGUUCGACCAAAAAGUCGGCCGUCCGCCGCCCUCGCUCGCGCAUGUCGAACGCCGGCGCCGCCUCGUGGAAUCCUCGCCGCGACGGCUCUACGACGCCUGCCCCGGCCCCUGCCCCGGCCUCGACCGCGGCCCCGUCGGCGCGCGCGCCCAAGCCGGCCGGGUACAAGAAGGGCUACGCCUACAUCGCGCCCGUCGCGCCCGCCGCGUCGUUCCCGCGCUGGGUCCCCGAGCGCAAGGGCACCCUCCCCAAUGCGCGCGGCGAGCCGCAGCUGCCGCCCAUCAUGGACUCGCCGUGGUUCGUCCCGCGCAAGAAGAAGCUCCUCGGCGGCGGCAUCGGCGGCGCUGGAGGAGGGGCGAGCGUCCGAGGCGGGAGCGUCGGGGCGGCGAGCGCGGCGGGCAGUGGGACGGGGAGUACGGGGCGGGGUGGGGGAGAGGGGAGCGUCGAGGGCGCGAGCGACGAGGAGGACGGCGAGGAGGAGCGCGCCAAGGCGCUCGGGCGCUCGGUCGCGCUGCACCGGCCUCGCCGGGGCGGGCUCGACAUGAAGCCGUUCGACGUCAGCCUCCUGUGGGACUGAGUUGCUCUCCACCUUGUCCCUGUUCCCCUGUCCAUGUCGUCCCUCGUCCUCGUUCCUCUCGAGCCACGCCCUCGCACUCUCUCGUUCCAUUCGUCCUUGUCUUUCUUUAUCGCAAUCUCAUCUCUCGACAGAGAAAGUUACCCGCU